AUGACUUUCCCCGGGAAGGCGCUUUGGCGCGGGUUGUUCUGUUGUUGUGCUGCUGUCAUUCAGCUCUCCGGGUAAAUAAAAAAAAAACAAAAAACGGCACUCAUGGCUCCGGUUGCAGACCCAGAUAAAGACAUGGAUGUUCCGGACGGCGAUGACAGGGGCGAUGCCUGUGGUCUGGCAAUGUCUCGCUCCAGACGAGAGAAGAGGGAGAAGGUGGGCAGGAAGUCUGCGCUGGAGCAGCUCAAGAAGGCCAAAAAGGGCGAAAAGAUCAAAUAUGAGGUCGAAGAACUCACCAGUGUGUAUGAGGAGGUGGAUGAGGAGCAGUACUCCAAAAUGGUUCGAGAGAGGCAGGAGGAUGACUGGAUUAUUGACGAUGAUGGCACAGGAUAUGUUGAAGAUGGCCGAGAGAUCUUUGACGACGAUUUAGACGACGAUGUUGUAGAGAAAAAAGGAAAAGGUGGGGCAAAAGGAGGGGAGUCAAAGAAAACUCUGAAGAAAUCUGCCGUAGCAAAGCCUAACACCAUUAAGAAUCUCUUCAUGAAAAGCAACGUCAAGAGGCCUGCAGAGAAAGACGUAGAUCUCUCCAAAGAUGACCUGUUAGGAGAUAUCUUACAGGAUCUACACAAUGAGAAACCGUCUGUUCUCGCUCCCCCGCCUGUGGUCACCCUAAAGAAGAAGAAGCCAGUGGGAUCACCCAUAAACCCCUUCUCCAUUAAACCUCAGAUGCCAAAGGAGAAGCCCUUACCUACGGGGUUAAAAGCCAAGGUGAUCCGACCUCCGCCUUUGGACCCCUCUCCCCGGCCAUCAGCGCGUCCUCCUCCCUCCACAUCUGAGGUUUCUGUGGAGAAACAUUACGCAGCGACGGAGCAGCUGAAAGAAGAGCAAGAGAACGACAGUCUGGGAUUUGAAGGGGUGGAUUUUGAUGAACCAAUGGAGGUAGAGCAUGAGGAAGAGAAGCCUGUAGAUAAAAAUGAUGCCGAGCUCGGACCUAAAGGAAGGUUGGCUGCGGCUGAAAUUAAAGUGGAUCACAAAGCCGAGCCUCAGGAUCCGGUUCUCCUGCCCAACAGAGCUGGAAGCUCCUGGGGACAAGAGGAGAGUGGAGUCUGUGAAGCUCCUGCAGAGGUGCAGGUCGACCCCAGUAGGCUCCCCCUAGUGGAGGGCAUGGAUGGAGAACGGGUCUUCCGCUUCUAUUGGUUGGAUGCGUUUGAAGACCCAUACAACCAACCAGGCGUCGUGUAUCUGUUCGGGAAAGUGUGGAUCGAAUCAGCACAGUCUCAUGUUAGCUGCUGCGUUACCGUGAAGAACAUUGAAAGAACGAUGCACCUCCUUCCUCGUGAAUUUAAGACAAAUCUGAAGACUGGAGAAGUGUCGGACACGCCUGUGGGGAUGAUGGACGUCUACCAGGAGUUCAACGAGCUCUCUGAGAAGUUUAAGAUUAUGAAGUUUAAAUCUAAGAAAGUGGAGAAGAACUAUGCUUUUGAAAUUCCUGACGUGCCCAGUCAGUGCGAUUACUUGGAAGUGAGAUACUCUGCAGAGUUUCCUGCAUUGCCGGCGGACCUUAAAGGGACAACGUUUUCCCAUGUUUUUGGAACAAACACCUCCAGUCUGGAGAACUUCCUUCUCAGUAGGAAGAUUAGAGGCCCCUGCUGGUUGGACAUCAAGACACCGCAGCUGAUGAACCAGCCGGUCAGCUGGUGUAAAGUGGAGGCUCUCGCUGUGAGAAGUGACUUGGUUUCUGUGAUCAAAGAUCUGCCGCCUCCACCUCUAACUGUCAUGUCCAUCAGCCUCAAGACUAUUCAGAACCCCAAGACGCACCACAAUGAGAUCGUGUCCCUCGUCGCUCUUGUCCACUACAGCUUCCAUAUGGAGAAAGCUCCUCCUCAGCCUCCCUAUCAGACUCAUUUCUGCGUUAUCAGUAAACCAUCUGACUGCAUCUUUCCUUACGACUUCAAAGAGGCUGUGAGGAGGAAGAACGGGAAGGUGGAGAUUGCAACCUCAGAGCGGACCCUGCUCGGCUUCUUCCUGGCCAAGAUGCACAAAAUUGACCCUGAUGCGUUGGUGGGUCAUGAUAUCUUCGGUUUCGACCUAGAAGUUCUCCUGCAGAGGAUCAAUGUGUGCAAAGUCCCCCACUGGUCUAAGAUCGGACGCCUCCGGAGGGCCAAUAUGCCUAAAUUAGGGGGCCGUGGAGCUUUUGCAGAGAAGAGUGCAACAUGUGGCCGUCUGGUUUGCGACGUGGAGAUCUCAGCCAAAGAGCUGAUUCGCUGUAAAAGUUAUCAUCUGACUGAGCUCGCUGCUCAGGUGCUGAAAGUGGAGAGGGUCACAGUUCCUCAGCAGGACAUCCGAAAUCUCUACAGCGAUUCUCCUCACCUGCUGUACCUGUUGGAGUUGACGUGGACAGACGCAAAGCUGAUCCUCCAGAUCAUGUGUGAGCUGAAUGUGCUGCCCCUCGCUCUGCAGAUCACCAGCAUCGCCGGCAAUGUCCUGUCUCGUACUCUUAUGGGAGGCCGCUCUGAGAGGAACGAGUUCCUGUUGCUUCACGCCUUCCAUGACAAAAACUUUAUCGUCCCUGACAAACCGUCCUUUAAAAAGGCCCAGCUGGAGACUAUUGAAAGAGAGGAUGAUGUAGAUGCAGGAAAAGGUAAGAGGAAGAAGAAGGCGGCCUACGCUGGAGGUCUGGUGCUGGAUCCUAAAGUUGGUUUCUACGAUAAGUUUGUGCUGCUGCUCGACUUCAACAGCUUGUAUCCCUCAAUCAUCCAAGAGUUCAACAUCUGCUUCACCACUGUGCAGAGGCAGGCUCAGAGCUCCCGCAAAGCCACCGACCAGGAUGAUGAGUCAGCGGAGAUUCCAGAGAUUCCAGAUCCCAACCUGGAGAUGGGAAUCCUGCCCAAAGAAAUCAGAAAGCUGGUUGAACGGCGUAAACACGUUAAGCAGCUCAUGAAACAGCAAGACAUCAACCCGGAUCUCUACAUGCAGUAUGACAUUCGUCAGAAGGCCUUGAAGCUGACCGCUAACAGUAUGUACGGCUGUCUGGGAUUCAGCUACAGCCGCUUCUAUGCAAAGCCGCUUGCUGCUCUGGUCACCCACAAGGGAAGAGAGAUUCUGAUGCACACCAAAGACAUGGUUCAGAAGAUGAACCUGGAAGUCAUUUAUGGAGACACUGACUCAAUCAUGAUCAACACUAACAGCAAAUCAUUGGAGGAAGUCUUCAAACUUGGACAUAAGGUAAAGGCAGAGGUCAACAAGCUGUACAAACUCCUGGAGAUAGACAUCGACGGUGUUUUCAAGUCACUUUUGCUGCUGAAGAAAAAGAAGUACGCAGCCCUGGUGGUGGAGCAACAUGCCGAGGGACGAUACAGUGUGAAGCAGGAGCUCAAAGGCUUGGACAUCGUUCGCAGGGAUUGGUGCGACCUGGCCAAGGAGUGUGGCAACUAUGUGAUUGGUCAGAUCCUGUCUGACCAGAGUCGUGAUGUCAUUGUGGAGAAUAUCCAAAAACAUCUGGUGGAGGUUGGUGAGAAGGUAGCGAAUGGAGACAUACCACUUAACCAGUAUGAGAUACACAAGGCAUUGACAAAGGAUCCUCAGGACUACCCAGAUAAGAAGAGUCUCCCUCAUGUGCACGUUGCUCUGUGGAUAAACUCUCAGGGAGGUCACCGUGUCAAAGCCGGAGAUACAAUCUCAUACCUCAUUUGCAAGGACGGCUCCACGUUGGCAGCCAGUCAGAGAGCCUACGCCCUGGAGCAGCUUCAGAAGCAGGAGGGUCUCAGUGUGGACACGCAGUACUACCUGGCCCAGCAGAUCCACCCUGUAGUUUCUCGCAUCUGUGACCCUAUUGAGGGAAUUGAUAGUGUGCUCAUAGCUACAUGGUUAGGUCUGGACCCGGGUCAGUUCAGAUCCCAGCAGCAGUAUCAGAGGGAGGAGGAGGCCGACGGCACUCUGGGAGCUCCGGUCCAGCUGAACGACGAGGAGCGCUAUAAAGACUGCGAGAGGUUUACCUUCACCUGUCCCCAGUGUGGCACUGACAACAUCUACGACAACGUCUUUGAAGGAGCGGGUGAAAGAGUUGAGCCCAGUUUGAUGCGUUGCUGUCACAUCCCUUGCACGAACCGUCCCAUCGACCAUAUUGUCAACAUGAGCAACAAGCUGCUACUCGACAUCCGUCGCCACAUCAAAAAAUACUACUCUGGCUGGUUUGUGUGUGAGGACCAGGCCUGUCAGAACAGGACCAGGCGCCUGCCGAUCGCCUUCUCCAGACACGGACCCAUCUGCCCCGCCUGCACCCGGGCUACGCUCAGACCUGAGUACUCCGAGAAGGCCCUGUACAACCAGCUCUGCUUCUACAGAUACAUCUUUGACUGGGACUACGCCGUGGCCAAAGUUCUGCAGACUGACGAGAGAAACUUUGUAAAGCAACAGAACGGCGUAAAGGAGGAGUACCGGAAGCUAAAGGAAGUCCCAGACAAGGCUUUGGCCACAAGCGGUUACUCUGAGGUUAACUUGGCCAAACUCUUCCAAUCUUCCGCCUCGCUCAAGUGAAAACCAUCUGCAAGGACAACACAUUUAAGAGCCUCCGACAUUUAAAUCUGCCCUUGGUUUGUUAAUAAUGGCGUGAUUGGUGAACCUCAGAUCAUCUUUCUCCGUCCUGAUGGGCUUGUUGUAUUCCUUAAAACACCAAUCAUACCUCUCCUCUUUCCAUUUUCCUCACACACACACAUUCCCUCCUAGUCCUGACUUGACCCCGCCACCCUUACUCUGUAUGGUAAAGGGGAGUAGCAAUCAUACCUAAAUGACAGUCUAUUGUAAGUGCAGAAGCUAGCUGUGCCCAGAUGUGUGUGUGUGUAGAAAUGUCUUCUCCAUAGAGCAGCUGGUGUUCUCCGGGAGCAGCUAAUUAGCCAAUGAUAGUGACCCAGAGCCACUGAGACCACUGGAUGCCCGCAGCGAUCGGACUCUUGUUCUGAUUACCACCAUUCAUGCAGCGUGUGAGUUUUAGGAGUGUGUGUCGGAUCAGGGGAUGAAAGAAAGGGUUGAGGACGAUACGGGGAGUGAUGGGGUGAGGAAGGCCACACGCGCUGCUCCUUUGCUCUUUUGUCCCAGUAUCAAACAUCUGAUCUGCUUCUCCUUCACUACUUCUGUUUAACUCCUGCCAGUUCAUCUCUGUAAUUCUUCUCCAAUGUUCCCCAUUAUGGACAUAUUGUGUUUUAUUACGUUUUCUACGUUACUGUAGCGUUUCGCAGUGAGUGUGUCUUAUAUUGUAAUGACCAGAGUAUGGCAUAUAUUUUGAUAUUGAUGUUUUACACAAGGAAACCUCAAUAAAUAAGUAAAUCAGAA